AAAAAAGAAAAAAAAAACGAGGGAAAACCCUGAAAAGGAAAUGCCCUAACUCAUAAACCCUAGCGGGGAUGAAGCAGCCUUCUUCAACGUAACGAGGCGCAUGUCCCAAACCCUAACGACCUCUGUAAGUCCUUCUCUUCUGGCAUUGAAGCCUCGCCAAGUUCUUCUCUCCCAAACCAAUAUGACGCGAAAAGCCCGCGCCGAAACCCCCAAGUCCGAUCAAGGCGUAUCCCUGGAGCCGGAGCAGAGGACCCUUCUUCUUCACGCCGUAGCAUUCUAUUUGGAGCGCAAUGGCUUCUCCAAAUCCCUCAAAAAGUUUCGCUCCGAAGCGCAGAUUGAGAAGGAUUCUUCAAAGGAUUUCUUGAUUAGUCUGGAAGAAAUGUGCCACGAGUAUUUAAAGAAAUGUCAAGCCAUCACAACUCAAAAUAAACAAGUAAAUGUAGAAACAGUGAAGGAGGUUGCUGAUGAUAACGUUCCUGAAGCACAAGAGGAGCCUAAAAAGAAGUCCAAGAAUAAAAAAACGAAAAAGGACAUGGUUCCUGAAACACAUGCUGACACUGUAGAGAAGGAGAAAUCAGAAUCUGUCCAUGUGGAGAGUUUAAAAAAUUCCAAGGGCACAGAACCUCCGGAAGGCACUACUGUCCACGAGGAGGCAGGAAAGAAAUCUAAGGAUAAAAAGAAAAAGAAGAACAAAGAGAAGUUAGAGUCUUGUGCUACAAUUUCCGAUGACAAUGUUUCAGGCGAUUCUCAAGCUGUUGACUCCAUCACAUGGAAUGGUAAUGCCAUAACUCUUGAAGAGAAGGUUGCCAAAUCCAAAGCUAAGAAGAAAAAGGAUGGCCAACAUUUGUGUGACGAAAAUUCAAACCAGCUCAUGACUGAAAAUUUAGAGGGAACUGUGAAUAAAAAUGGUGGUAUCAAGACUGUACAUGAAGACGAAAAUAACGACCACUCUAAGAAAAGAAAAAGGUUGGCUUCUGAAGAUCAUGACAGUCAUACCGUUGAUGAGAAAGUAACUGAAGAUGUCAAACGCAGAAAAUUAGAAGGUUCAAAAGGAUGCAAUAAUGGCGUGCAGUCCACAAAAGUCAAUGCUUCAGUGGAGACUGAUGUAAAUGCUGGAAGUAGGGGCACAAGCAAUGAGCUUUCUCAGCAGACAAUUGAGAAUGUUGAGAAAACUGCAGAGAGAACUUCUACAAAGAAAGCUAUGAAGAAACAUUCAAAUGGCUCCACUGAGCCAAAGACCAUCAAUGCAUUUCAAAGGGUGAAAGUAGAUGCCGUGACAUUUGCUGAUGAGAAACUUGCAGAUAAUUCUUAUUGGGCAAAGGGUGGUGCGGAGACUGGGUACGGUGCAAAAGCUCAAGAAGUUCUUGGGCAGGUUAAAGGGAGGGGUUUUCGACAUGAAAAGACCAAGAAGAAGCGUGGGUCGUACCGGGGCGGAGUUAUCGAUCUGCAAUCUCACUCAGUAAAGUUCAAUUACUCGGACGAUGAUUGACCAUAUGAAUGGAUUCAUCAUUCUGAUUCUUCACUUAUGAUCAAAUCAUGAAGUUUCCAUUUUAUGAAAAUUUUUGAUUGUGUGCUCUAUUUUCAGUAAACUCUGAAAGGAUUAAUGCCCCUAUAUUUAUCAUCAUUUUUUGAAGGAGUCCUUCCAAAAAGUGGUCUAUUCCUCAUCGAUUUUGAACUUAUUUUGGUGGCAUUUUGUAGCUCUCAAGUGCUCACUCUAUUUUAUAUGAUAUAUUUUCUUAGUUAUUGUAACCAGUAGAACAGAUUUCAUUUUUUUUCCCUGAAAGAAUCAUAAGCAUCUUCCCAUGUUUGUAUAUACAUGGGAUUUAUA